UCAGGUAUCACUGCGACAGUGCUUGUCUGGCCACCGUGUAGACAAGAUGCUGCCACUCCUGCUGCUGGCAGGUACCCUCCUGGGGCCUGCCACGGGAGAGAUCUUCUCAAGAGUUCCAUGUGAUCCAACAACAGAAAAUAUUUAUGGCUUCAAUGCCACGGUUUUGUACGGCAACGAAACCGUAGAUUUCUCCGAGUUCGCCGGCAAGGUUGUACUGGUGUACAACUUGGCGACGUACUGAGGCUUGACCAAGGUCUCGUACCAACAAAUAAAUGCACUCGCCGAUCAGUACGCAGGGCAAGACCUUGUCAUCAUCGGCUACCCUUGCAACCAGUUCGGUAAGCAAGAGCCCGGGGUGACUCCUGACGAGAUCAUGAACGGCAUCCGCUACGUGAGACCGGGCGGGGGGUUCGAACCCAAGCUGGAUAGAAUAUUCCAGAAGGUUGAUGUGAAUGGGGCGAACGAGAUCCCCUUCUACACUUACCUAAAGGCCGCCUGUGGAACAACCUACACUCAGUUUGAGAGCGGGCUGUUCUACUCCCCCUUGAGGGUGGGCGACAUCAACUGGAAUUUCGAGAAGUUCCUCAUCGGCAGAGACGGCAUGCCAUACACCAGGUAUCACCCGUCUGCGGUGGACCCUGCCGACGUAUCGCCUGACAUCGACGUGCUGCUCGCCCAGCCGCCGCCUAAAAAGCAGGAAUUCGAGCAGCAGACCCGCGAGGGCCCGAAGCGUAACUUUUUCUCGAAUUUAUUUAGCUAAAAAAUACUAAUAAAAACAAUGAAGGCCGCACGUUUGUGAUGAUUAUGGACACUCCUGAAAUUCCCGUCUUUUUUCACUUAUGACGAUGAAGUUGAAAACCUUGCGGUGGACUUCGUCUGAAUCUCUGUGAGCAUCGAUCGUAUUUGUGCAUUUUUACGCCGGUCGCUUUCAGUACUUGAUAAAGGACGGGAAAAGUAGGUGCGUGCCUUAUUAUUUACGAUAGUCGGCUAUUCGAAAAAAAAUUGUGAAAGGAAAUAUACCUAUAUAACAAAUACA